AUUUUGUUAUUUGAUUUUUGGAAAAUAGCUCAAAUUUCAUCUGAAUUUUAAUAAUUUUUACAUUGCAGUAUUUCCAAUUUGUUUAGCUUAACCAAAAGUCUAGGUAGAUAGCCAAGGUAGGCCAAACAGUGUAUUGUAUUGGCUGGGAAACGCCUUCUAGCUCAGAAAGAUGCCAUCGAAGAAGAAAAAGUAUAAUGCCCGAUUUCCGGCGAUGCUCAAUUCCCGAUCAGGUUGUGAUUGCAUUGGCGAUGACCCUGUCCAUGUUUGGAUAAAGCGUGUUUGUUUUGUUUUCAGGGAAGAAUCAAGAAGAUUAUGCAAACAGACGAAGAAGUCGGUAAAGUGGCUCAAGCUGUUCCCGUUAUUAUCUCUCGAACACUGGAACUGUUCGUAGAAUCGCUGUUAACUAAAACACUCCGAAUUACUAACGCUCGUAACGCGAAAACUUUAUCUCCAUCGCACAUGAAGCAGUGCAUCAUUUCAGAAAGUCGUUUCGAUUUUCUGCGUGAUCUUGUCAAAAACAUCCCGGAUAUCGGAGUGAAUGAGGAGCAACAUUCCGGAUCGGAGGCUGGGUAUGGAAAUGAGGCAGCUGUUUCCCCGGCAUCUACAUCAACAUCUUCAUCUUCAAAUGGAGGUGGUGGUUCUGGUUUCAUCGCAAACGCGGCUUCAUCGUCCAACGAGGCAAGUUCGAUUGGUGCUAAUGUCAGUGGAAAUUUGCUACAGAGGUCCGAGUCAUAUUCAACCAGCGGAACUAACUAUGCUAGUGCAUUACAAACUUCAACGCAAGUGUCUUCGCAACCGCAAACUCACAGUUUGAAACGAGGGUUGAAUCACACAAACAGUUUAAAUUUCUAUAAAGAAAUUCCGCUGGACGAUUCUAGCGGUAGUGCCACUGUAAUCAAUAGUCGAGAACCUCCUCCCAAAUUAACCAGACUACACUCGGCUCCAGCAGCAUCCAUCACAACGAGUUCAGUUCCGUUCAAAAUUGACAUUCUGCCUACGCUAGCUGCAUCCAGCAACAACACGAACCCGCAGCAGAUACAGAAGGGAAACAGUGGUUCGUCGGCCAACAAUAGCAGUAAUUAUAAGAUCACAUACAACAUUGAACCCCUUACACCUGGUACCUCUGGAAGCAAUGCUUCUGUCACAACCAAAACGCAUGAUGCACCGGUUAUUAAAUUGGACUACUCGAAGCUGAAACUUCCGAUGACAAUGUCAUCAAGCGAACCACCGCAAUUGCACACCACAAAGCCAUCUUCACAUACUCGUCAGCAACAACCAACAAUCAAGAUUGACCUCAGUAAUAUUACCAACUUUAGUUCCAAAUUACAACCACAGUCACCUGUGACGCUUAUAGCGGGAAGCGCGAUCAACAUGAAACAAGUGCCUUCAACACCAACUGCCAGUACACCGUCGACGCCUCUAUCGGCACUGAGCAGCGCAUCUUCAUCGGCAUCGAGCUCAAGCUGCGGUGGUGUAAAAAGUCCUUACAUUUUCCAACAUUCUCCAGCGCUGGUCGGUUCCUCUUUUGCACCAACUUCAUCAACGAACUCGUCCUUGUCGGCGACUGCCAUCUCUUCCAGUUCUGGCGGACCGCCAAUGCAGUUCUAUUCCGGUGCUACUUCCACUGUUCCCGAUAUGGAUGAGGAUUACGACGAUAUUUAACUCCUUGUUUGACCGCCGUUGAUCAUUUUCCUACCCGAGCAUGUAAUUUUCUUCUAUACUUCAUUUGCAUUUAUCUACAUUUGUAUGUACAAUGAAUUACAUGUCCCUAUUCUUUCUUUAAUAA